CUAAAAUUAUCCCUUUCCGUUGCUCUCCCAUGGCUACCCAUAUUCCUUUGUAUGUGUGGCUCCUCCUUAUCCCUAUCUCACACCUCGUUUCCACAUUGGCACAGUUGGACACUUACAUUGUCCACAUGGACCUAUCAGCCAUGCCUAAAGCUUUCUCCGGCCAUCAUAGCUGGUACAUGGCCACCCUUGCGUCUGUGUCAGAUAAUACCGCUGCCACUGCUAACCCUUACUCCUCUUCCUACUCUUCUAAACUUAUAUACAGCUAUAGUAAUGUAAUCCAUGGUUUUAGUGCAAUCCUUUCCCCUUCAGAGCAUGAGGCCCUGAAAAGCUUCCCGGGCUAUAUUUCUUCAUUUCGAGAUCUUCCUGUUAAAGCUGAUACAACUCAUUCUGCCAAAUUUCUUGGCCUGAAUUCCAACUCCGGAGCGUGGCCCGUGUCAAACUAUGGCAAAGAUGUCAUAAUCGGGUUGGUGGACACUGGAAUUUGGCCAGAGAGUGAAAGCUUUAACGAUGAUGGAAUGACCGAAAUUCCAUCUAGAUGGAAAGGAGCAUGCGAGAGCGGCACCCAGUUCAAUUCUUCAAUGUGCAACAAGAAGCUGAUUGGAGCUCGGUUCUUCAACAAAGGUCUAAUUGCCAAACAUCCCAAUGUGUCCAUCUCAAUGAAUUCAACCCGUGACACCGAUGGCCAUGGGACCCAUACGUCAACAACAGCAGCCGGAAAUUAUGUAGAGGGUGCGUCGUACUUCGGCUAUGGCUCAGGAACCGCUAGCGGCAUGGCUCCCCGAGCUCGUGUGGCCAUGUACAAGGCCCUGUGGGACGUGGGUGCCGUCGCAUCUGAUAUUAUUGCUGCAAUUGAUCAGGCAAUCAUAGAUGGGGUUGACGUCAUGUCCUUGUCACUGGGCUUAGACGGAGUUCUGUUGUAUGAAGAUCCCAUUGCCAUAGCCACAUUUGCAGCCUUGGAGAACGAUAUCUUCGUAGCUACGUCAGCAGGAAACGAGGGGCCUUUUCUUGGAACCUUACACAACGGAAUUCCUUGGGUUCUAACCGUUGCUGCCAGCACCAUGGACCGCCAAUUCAGCGGGAUUGUGACCCUCGGGAAUGGAGUUUCAGUCAUCGGUUCCUCUCUCUAUCCUGCAAAUUCAUCUUUCAGCCAAAUCCCAAUUGUUUUCAUGGGUUCAUGCGAGGAUUUGACGGAAUUGAAGAAAGUUGGCUUUAAGAUUAUUGUGUGCCAGGACCAGAAUGACUCCUUAAGCAUCCAAGUUGAUAAUGCCAACACUGCGAGAGUGGCGGGAGGAGUCUUCAUAACAGAUUACCCCGACAUAGAAUUCUUCAUGCAAAGCUCUUUUCCAGCCACUUUUGUCGAUCCUGAAAACGGUAAAGUUGUUAUGGACUACAUAAAGACUAGCUCUGAGCCAAAAGCAAGUAUAGAAUUUUCAAAAACAAUUCUUGGUGCCAAACGCGCACCAAGAAUGGCUACCUACAGCUCCAGAGGGCCGUCUCCAAGCUGCCCAGUGGUCUUGAAGCCCGACCUUACUGCCCCCGGUGCAUUAAUCUUGGCGUCAUGGCCAAAAAUUAACCCAGUGGCUGAUGUGAAUUCGCGGUUAUUUUAUAGUGAAUUCAAUCUAUUGUCGGGGACAUCUAUGUCGUGCCCCCAUGCAGCAGGAAUAGGGGCACUUCUGAAGGGUGCACACCCUGAAUGGAGCCCCGCAGCCAUCCGGUCAGCCAUGAUGACCACUUCUGAUUCACUGGAUAAUACACUCAACCCCAUCAAAGGCAUUGGCGACGAUAACCAACCAGCCAGUCCCCUAGCCAUGGGAUCUGGCCAUAUCAAUCCCAACAAGGCUCUUGACCCAGGACUCAUCUAUGACGUGAAUCUUGAAGACCAUAUAAAUCUCCUCUGUGCAUUGAAUUACUCCACCAAGCAAAUACAAAUUAUCACAAGGUCAUCUUCCUACACUUGCUCCGACCCCUCCUUGGAUCUCAACUACCCGUCUUUCAUUGCCUUCUUUGAUGCAAAUGAUUCCGGAUCAGAUUCUAAAACCGUGCAAGAAUUUAGAAGAACAGUGACUAACGUCGGGGAAGCAAUGUCGACUUACAACGCUAAGCUGACAGGCAUGGACGGAUUUCAGGUGAGCGUGGUGCCUGACAAAUUGGUUUUCAAAGACAAGUACCAGAAGCUAAGCUACAAGCUGAGGAUAGAAGGCCCCAGUCUGAUGAAAGAGACGGUAGCCUUCGGUUCACUGAGCUGGGUGGAUGUUGAAGCUAAACAUGUGGUCAGAAGCCCCAUAGUGGCCACAAGGCUGAGCUUAGUAGCUCCGUGAGAAAUCAAGUGCUACUUCUGAAUUGUCUGCUUCAGCAUGUGAUCCUCUCCUUAAUUUGUUGAAUAAAUUUUUAUUUCCACUAAA